UUAUCAAGCCUCGGCGCGACGAAGCUAGCCUCCUUUUCACGUGGAGAAUCAACAUGGAGUACAUGAAGGAAAGCCAGCUAAAACAAACGCAACAUAUGAUAUUGUGUUGUGAAUGUGGUUCUGCCACAGUUCCAAAUGCAUCUAAUAUGUGUGUUGGAUGCAUUCGGAGUAAAGUUGAUAUAAGUGAUGGUAUCCAGAAACAAGCAAUGUUGCAGUUCUGUAAAGGUUGUGAGAGAUAUCUACAACCUCCUUCAACAUGGGUGGCAUGUGCUUUGGAAUCCAGAGAGCUUAUGGCAAUAUGUCUAAAAAGGCUUAAAGGUCUUGCUAAGGUGAAACUGGUUGAUGCAACUUUUAUCUGGACUGAGCCACAUUCCAAAAGGAUUAAAGUGAAGCUAACUAUUCAAAAAGAAGUGUUUGGAUCUACAAUUCUGCAGCAAGUGUUUGUUGUAGAAUUUGUCAUUCAGGGACAAAUGUGUGAGCUUUGUCACAGACGGGAGGCAAAAGAUUUUUGGAAAGCAAUAGUCCAAGUGAGACAGAAGGUUCCUCACAAAAAGACAUUCUUCUAUCUUGAGCAGUUGAUUUUGAAGCAUAAUAUACAUGCAAGGUCCCUCAGAGUUAAGCAAAUGCAUGAUGGCCUCGAUUUUUAUUAUGACAAGAAGGAAGAAGCCCGUAAGCUGGUCGAUUUCCUCCAGUCUGUUGUGCCUUGCAGGUAUAAGACUGCCCAGGAACUGAUAUCUCAUGAUAUACACAACAAUACCUACAAUUACAAGCACACGUUUUCAGUUGAACUCGUUCCAAUUUGCAAGGAUGAUAUUGUGUGUCUACCGAUGAAGCUUUCAAAGUCUCUUGGAAACAUUGGUCAGAUCUUGGUAUGCUACAAAGUAACAAAUUCGUUGCAUUUAAUCAACCCAGCCACAACACAAGUUGCUGAAGUAUCUGCAAAUUUGUACUGGCGAAGUCCAUUCAGCAGUAUGUGCGCUUCAAAACAGCUAACUGACUACACGGUUCUCGAAAUGGAUGCUGCAGGAGGAGGAACCAAGUUUCUUGCCAAGAGCAGAUACUUGCUUGCCGAUGUCUACUUGAUGCGAACAAAUGAAAUGGGGUCGGUUGACCAGGUUCACUGCAGGACGCAUCUUGGCCAUGUCCUCAAUGUUGGAGACAGCGUCUUCGGAUUUGACUUCACGAAUUCCAAUCUGAAUGACGAGCAUCUGGAAAAAAUGAAGGAAGAUGCCGUUCCUAAUGUUGUUUUGGUGAAAAAGUCAUUUGCAGACAAAAGAAAGCGAAAGAAGGCUAGGAAUUGGAAACUGCAUGGAAUUGCCAAAGAUACGACAAGUAUUGAUCCAGACGUGUUGCUGAGGGACUAUGAUGAGUUUUUAGAUGACAUUGAAGAAGAUAAAGACUUUAGGCAGAAUAUCAAUAUUUACAAAAAUUUUGCGGGAAAUUCAGCUCCUUCUGAGAGUGAUGCAGAUGAUGCCCCGCGUAUAGGCCUUGAAGAAAUGUUGGACGAACUGACUUUAGAAGAUCAAGACAUGGCCAGUGACUCAGACUCAGACUAGCGUUAGAUUCACCAAGUCUUUCGUAAGCACUAUUGUUUGCAAUGCAUCUGAAAUGCUCAUUGAAUUUACACUGAUUGA